AUGGGCAGAUUCAUGCAGGGAAGCCCCAUGGCCUCACAGAAGUCCAGCAUGAAGAAGAGAAUAAUAUACGAGGGCCGUUCAAGGCCUGUCGCUGUGAGCGGCCACGAGCAUGCGCGGCCGUCCGCUCGAUACCCGGUGACGUCAGCGGCUGUCGGGCCUCAGUCAGGCGCCGCCAGCCCCAGCGCUAACAUGUGGCUGCAAUGCGUAGCCGUUGCGGCGCUGGUCGCGGCAGCUGCUUCCCGCGAGGUCUUCACCAACACGUUCCUGGUGCGGUUCAAGCGCUCCCUUCGCCACGAGGAAGCCCACGCGGUGGCGCGCGACCACGGCUUCGACAACCUGGGACCGGUGCUGGGAUCUGAUACGGAGUGGCAUUUCGCUCACCGUGGACUACCGCAUGCGCGCACUCGCCGCUCCAUAGCACACACGAGAUUGCUGAAACAACAUCCACUGGUUCACACGGCGGUGCAGCAGACGGGUUUUAAGCGAGUGAAGCGUGGCUUCCGUCUGCUGAGAGUGCCCGAGCCGGUGCCGGCGGACGAGCCCCGCGACCCGUACUUCCCGCUGCAAUGGUACCUGAAGAAUACCGGGCAAAACGGCGGGAAACCUAAACUGGACCUAAACGUGGAAGCGGCCUGGGCCCAAGGAUACACCGGGGUCAAUGUGACCACCGCCAUUAUGGAUGACGGCGUGGACUACAUGCAUCCAGAUCUGAAGUACAAUUAUAACGCGGAGGCGUCAUACGAUUUCAGCAGCAACGACCCAUAUCCGUACCCACGUUACACGGAUGACUGGUUCAACAGUCAUGGCACGAGGUGUGCAGGAGAGGUGGCGGCCGCGCGGGACAAUGGAGUGUGCGGAGUCGGUGUCGCCUACCACUCCAAAGUAGCAGGUAUCAGGAUGUUGGACCAGCCGUACAUGACGGACCUCAUAGAGGCGAACUCGAUGGGGCAUGAACCCCAUAAGAUUCACAUAUACAGCGCAUCUUGGGGACCAACGGACGACGGGAGGACUGUGGAUGGCCCGAGAAACGCGACGAUGAGGGCCAUCGUUCGAGGAGUUAAUGAGGGUCGCAACGGUUUGGGGAAUAUCUACGUCUGGGCGAGCGGGGACGGUGGUGAAGACGACGACUGCAACUGCGAUGGCUACGCGGCAUCGAUGUGGACAGUAUCUAUCAACAGCGCGAUAAACGACGGCCAGAACGCGCACUACGACGAGUCCUGCUCGUCCACGCUGGCGAGCACGUUCAGCAAUGGCGCCCGCGACCCCAGCACCGGGGUGGCGACCACCGACCUGUACGGGAAGUGCACGGCCACCCACUCCGGCACUUCGGCGGCUGCGCCGGAGGCGGCCGGCGUCUUCGCGCUGGCACUGCACGCAAACCCGAGCCUAACAUGGCGUGAUAUUCAACAUUUGACAGUUCUAACCUCAAAGAGAAAUUCUUUGUAUGACGCAAAGGGUCGCUUCCACUGGACGAUGAAUGGGGUGGGUUUGGAGUUCAACCACUUGUUCGGUUUCGGGGUCCUCGACGCCGGAGCGAUGACCGCUUUAGCGGCCAACUGGAGGUCCGUACCUCCGCGGUACCAUUGUGAAGCCGGCUCGGUUAACACGCACACGGAAAUCCCUUCUGAGGGCAGCGUAACUUUGCGCAUCGAGACGUCCGCCUGCUCUGGAUCGCCCAGUGAAGUCAGGUACCUGGAACAUGUUCAAGCGGUCGUCAGCGCCAACGCCACUCGCCGUGGGGACCUUGAGUUCUUCCUCACCAGCCCUAUGGGCACCAGGUCAAUGAUCCUUAGCAGACGUGCCAACGACGACGAUUCGCGCGAUGGUUUCACGAAAUGGCCAUUCAUGACUACGCACACCUGGGGCGAAUACCCACAGGGCACUUGGACGUUAGAGGCGAGGUUCAACGGCGGCUCCAGUCCAAGCUCUGCGUCCGGUUGGCUGCGAGGCUGGUCCCUGGUGCUGCACGGAACCCGCGCGCCCCCCUACGCCCAGCUCCAGCCCCAGGACCCCAACUCCAAGCUCGCCGUGGUGAAGAAGGCGCACGAAGACAACGCCCUAACCAAG